AUGGUGCCUGUGUAUCGCCGAGCAGGCACGGGGACUGCCACAGAGACCCAGUGUGACAAGCAAGGCCUCAUUGAAGCCAUUAGCAACAAAACGCAGGCUGCGGAUGAGCUACAACAGCUCGUGGGCUCACGCCUGAGCCAGGUCCACACCUUGGACCCGCAUCAGUUGCAUGACCAGGUCAACCAAGUCCUGCUCAAAUGCAUCUGCCAGGUGUUUCCUCCGCGGCCCAAACAGGAUGGACGUGUCAGUGCGCAGGCCCCGUACAAAGCCUCAGCCAGAGAGACUUGGAGGCUCUACGCCGCUUUGCGUAGGCCCCGAGUGGCCACAAUGGCCGCCGUGCUCCACAAGUGGAAGCUUUCCUGGGCUUUUGCCAGGGCUUCAAGGGCCUUACGGCAGCAAAGCAGGGAUCUCAAACGGGCUGCCUUCCAAGACAAGCUCGCGCAGGCGGAGGCUGCAGCUGCGCGGGGAGACCAGCGGGUUCUGAACCAAAUCGUGCGGUCCUUGACGCCGUCCUCUGGUCGCUUCUUCUCUAGACUGCGGAAUGAACAGGGGCAGUUCCUCACCAAAGAGAUGGAGGUACAGGCUCUCGUCAGGCAGGGCAAAAGCACAUACGCACAGUACCCUGACCAACCGAUUAAGCGUAACCUCACUGCCUCCCUUGAAAUUAGUGACCAGGAGAUGUCGGAGCAACUGCGCUCCCUGCAGGCGGCCAAGGCGGUCCCGAGUCACAUGGCACCGGCCGCGGCAUGGAAAGCAUGUGCACAUCACGUAGGUCCUCUGUUCGGGGCUGCUUUUCGUGCACAUCUGGGGGCCGGGAGGCCGGGUCUCCUGCGCGAUGACCUUACCGAUUGUCAGAUGGUCAUGCUCCCCAAGCCGGGGAAACCUGGACACCUCUUAGAAAACCUUCGGCCUAUUGGCCUCAUGGGGCCACCCUCCAAGGCUUUGGCGGGAGUCCUUCGGAAUCGCAUGACUGAAUGGCUGCAGCCGCUACUGCGCUACCGGCCCCAAUUCGCCUACACGGCCAAUCGUGGCACCAUGGAUGCGCUGUUGCGCAUACACUGGCAUGUGAGUGAAGCCACCGAGCUCUUCCGCUCCAACAGGAUUGACCGCUUUGGGCUUCACCGGGGCAAGCGUCCGCUUGAUCUCGCCGGGGCACUCAGUUUGUCUCUGGACCUCAGUCGUGCUUUUGACCUGGCCGAUCGUCCGUGCAUUUACAACACACUGGCGAAGCACGGAGUACCGCCUGAGGUCAUUGAGGUUGCACAAAGGCUGCAUACGGGGGCACGGUUCACGUAUCGUGCGGGCUCGUGCCAGGACAGUUUUGUACCCACAAACGGUCUCAAGCAGGGUUGCAAAGUAGCUCCGAGCCUUUGGGUCUGGUACACCAUUGCCUUGAUGGAUGCUCUAGCCGAUCGCCUCUCGGAACACUGGGUUCGACACAUCCUGACAAUUUUCGCCGACGAUUGCUGGGCUAGCUGGUUGCUUCGCUCACUCGGUGACCUUCACCAUGCACUCCGCGAGCUGCAAAUCCUGCUCUGUACGCUAGAGGAUUUUAAGAUGAAAAUCAAUUUCUCUAAGACGGCGAUUCUCUUGAAGCUCGUAGGAAAGCAGGCCCGACAUGCCCUUCAUGACCACACUUGCAUGAAGAAUGGGAUCAGACAUCUUCGGGUCCUGGUACACGGCACCGAAAGACUAAUCCCCAUCAAGGUGGAACAUGAGUAUCUAGGCUCACGGGUGGGUUACCACAACGCGGUGGACAGCAAUACUGACCACAGACUGCAGGCUGGGCACAGCAAAUUUCUUGCCCUCCGGCGCACCCUAACGGGGCACCAUGCCAUUACUCAGCGGCAUCGAGUCCGGCUGUGGGCUGCCUGCGUUAGCACUAGCUACAUGUACUCGCUCAGUUCCAUCGGGGUCACUGCCAAGGGUAGGCCAUCUGGCGGCGCGCUGGGGUUGUGCCGGCAGGAGAGCUUCAGCACCGAACACGCCCUGCGCAUCCACUGCGGGGUGAAGCAUCAGGACUGCGUAUCUGCCAAGGCCCGCAAGGAGUAUCAGUUCGAUGUCGAGCUGCGACCGGAGCCAGAGGCAUUCUCCGUGCCGCCCGAAAGGGGAUUCUCCAGAGGUGCAGGUCCUUUAAGAGCCAGCUCACGAGAGGGCGUGCUUGUCCUUGGUGCAGUCACCGCGUGUCAGCUCCAGGACGGGAACGCACAAAGGCCGCCACAGCAGCGUCGUCCCAAGCCGCAGGGGCGGGGACCGAAGACUCCGGCAGACCCGGAGGCCUUCCGGACACUAGCCAGGCUGGUGAUGCGACAGGAAGACCUGCUCGCCGAACUCAGGAUGGACAAGAACCUGAUCCUGUUCAUGCGAACAGACGAGGAGAGCAUACUGCCGGGACUCAUCGAGAUCUCUCGCGACUGGAACGAUCGCAAGGCGGCCGGCGAUACGGAGCUGACAUCGCCCUUGCGGACUGUGCUCCUGGCCUGUCUCAUGAGGCAGCUGAAGGAGAGGAUCACGAAAAUGACAUCCGAGCCGGAGGGCAUUCAGAAGCUGCAGGGUGCCGGAUGGAUGAACCAAGCGGAGGAAUGGACGUACUUCCGUUGGUGCAGGCAGGCAAAGCAGCUAAAGCUCGACGAAAGCCGCCGUGCCGUCCCCCAGCCGGAGCUACUGUCUUGGAUAGACUUCUUGCUGCAGCACCUCAGAGGAGACAUAAUCCACACAUUCCACUCAACGCAGAAGUUGCUCGAGAUGGAGGCAGAGUACCCGUCACAGGCAGUCUUCAUGCUGUCCGUGUCCCUGAGGACCCAGAAGGCAGAGGAAGUCUUCGACCACUUCCUGAGGCUAAUCGGGUUGUCGGCGAUGCAGUUGAUUGGCACAUCCAUGAAGAGGGCGGGCCUGGGCCGAUCCAAGUUAGCCAAGCAAGUGGCGGCCAUGGCCUUCCGCUGA